AUGCAGUUUCGCAAACUUCCGUUCGCCACGCAGAUGCUGCUGGAUCCGCACGUCACGCUCAGCCCCGCCGUACUCAACGAAUGGGACGCUGCCAGUAACGCGUGCACUGACGGUGCGGUGGACGAGGACGUACCGCUCCCUCCGUCUGCUGCGCGGGUGAACACCCACACCAAUGCACGCCGCGGCCCAAAGCGGCUGAUGGACACCCACGACUUCUUCGCACUGGCAGAGGCACUCGACGUGCUGACCGACGGCCUCAAGGCGAGCACCACAAAAGCCCUUCCGGCACCCUCUCUUUUAUCCACCGCAGCAACGUCAGAAGACGCGACGAGCACCACGAACCCGACUUCCUUGCGGUUCCGCGUAGAUGAGUUCGAUACACGGAGGGACGCCUCGCAGUCGGCCGUGCAGCAGGCCGAGAUACGCGAAGCGGCCGCCGCCUUCCGCAGCGCUCACUACAAGGCCGCCUUGGACCAGCUGCUCCACGCGUCGUCGAUGUGCAUGUCGCACGAACUCACCCCCUCCGUGCUGCACAACAUCGCCGUGUGCUACUUUAAACUGGAGCAGUGGGAGCUGUGCGAGUCCGCGACACUGCGAGUGCUGUCAACGGACACGGCGCGCGUCUAUCCAAGCCAGCAGCGACUCGCACGCGUCUACAUUUGUCAAGGCAACGUGGAAAAGGCACAGCGGCUUGUGGCGACACACAAAGAGGCACCGGAGUGGCGGGACGAGGUGGCAGCGACGAAGGCGUACGGCACUUACAGCAGCUGCUACGCCGCCCAUCAGUACGCGCGGGCGCGAGAAAGCUUAGAGACUCUAUUGGCUCUGUUUCCGUGCGGAACUCUCGAGGCCACCAAGGCGCGGCUUCUGUCACUGGAUAACGCAGGAGCCGCAAGCCACUACGCCCACGAACGAGCGCGCCUGUACCCUUACUCUACCGAAAUGCAUCUCGCUGCCUGGGAGCUCAUCUUCCAUGUGGCGACGUCCGCGGCAGACCUCGACAGCCUUCUUGCUGAGAUGCAACACGCCGCUGUGGGCACAACGGAACUGCGUUUCCGCCUCCUGCAGACGCACGUUGCUCGCUGCCGCGAUGCCGUGAACAGGCUCACCAGUCUCGCGCAGACGAAGAGGUGGGCUGACGUGGUGGCCUGCGCAAGCGAAGUCCUGCAGGAGCCUUUUGUGUCGGAUGGCGUGAAGGGAAUGAUCUACCACGACCGCGCCCGUGCCCGCGUGCAAUUGGGAUACGGCUGGUACGAGGCGUUGGAUGAUGCCCACCGUGCGCUGUCCUACACGGAGAAGCCAGACUUGCGUGCGCGCAUACUACUUCUCGUGGCGCGGUGCGAGGAGGCAUUGGGACGCUGGCAAGAUGCCGUGGACCACGCAGAGGAGAGCCUCGGCCUGCUGCGGGAUCCCUCGACAGCGGCGUACGCGCGGACGCUGAAGCAGCGCCGUGCGCAAGAGCAAAAACAGACGCCCGCGUCUGCCGCUCAGGGACCGUCGGGAUCUCCGUCCUCUUCGUCCCCCCCGCCGCCACCACCGCCACCAGGUGGGAGAACGCGGCAGCCGUCGCACACGGCGCCGUCACUCGAUGUAUACUAUCAAACGCUCUCCCUCCCCAGUGGAACUGAUGCGACGGAGGUGCGCAAGUCGUAUCGCGCCAUGGCCAUGAAGUGGCACCCCGACCGCUGGUGCGGCGCCGCGCCAGCAGAGAUACAGCUGGCGGAGACUCGGUUCAAGGCGGUCCAAGACGCCUACGAGAAACUAAUGCAGAGCUUUUCUUGA